AUGCUCUUUCCAGCUCGAAGGGCCAUUGCCAGCGGGGCUGCCCCAGUGGUCAACGGAUUGUUGAGGCAACGGUUUACGUCGACAAGGAAUCUGUUGUCCACUCUCGCCAUUUUGGAACAGAGAGAGGGCCAGUUAAACCACGGCUCUUUGAGCGCGAUCACUGCGGCGAAGAAGCUGGGCGGCUCCGUUCAUGGGUUUGUGGCGGGAAGCAAUGUCAGGAGCGUGGCUGAGGAGGCGGCCAAGGUUGAAGGUGUCGAGAAGAUUAUCGCUGUGGACAAUAGCGCAUAUGACAAGGGCUUGCCCGAGAACUAUGCGCCCCUUCUAGUUGAAAACAUCAAGAAGGGUGGUUACACUCACGUUAUCGCCGGACACACUGCCUUUGGAAAGAACCUGCUACCCCGCGUAGCCGCCCUCUUAGAUUCUCAGCAAAUUUCCGAUAUAACCUCUAUAGAGAGCGAGAACGUCUUUGUCCGGCCCAUCUAUGCUGGCAAUGCCAUCGCGACUGUCGAGUCGUCCGAUCCGAUUAAGAUUAUCACGAUCCGGGGCACCGCCUUCCCUGCUGCCGAGGCUACUACUGGUACGGCUGCCGUUGAGGAAGGCAUUGACCCCAAGUCCGAUUCUACAACCGAAUGGGUUUCGGAGGAUCUAGCCAAGUCCGAUCGGCCAGACCUCGCAACCGCUAGUAGAGUGGUCUCUGGCGGCAGAGGUCUCAAGUCGAAGGAAGAUUUUGAUAAGGUCAUGUUGCCGUUAGCCGAUUCUCUGGGUGCUGCAGUUGGUGCUUCCAGAGCAGCGGUGGACAGCGGAUACGCGGACAACAGCCUCCAAGUUGGCCAGACUGGUAAGGUUGUUGCACCUCAGCUUUAUAUGGCAGUCGGUAUUUCGGGUGCCAUUCAACAUCUUGCGGGUAUGAAGGACAGCAAGGUUAUUGCGGCUAUCAACAAAGAUGCGGAUGCUCCCAUUUUCCAAGUGGCAGAUGUUGGACUCGUGGGGGAUUUGUUUGAAAAAGUGCCCGAAUUGACGGAAAAGGUCAAGCAGUGA